AUGGGCCAAUUCCUUUUGCCAAAGAUUGUUUCGAUUUCCUACAAUGAUAAGGCAUGGCUCAACGACUCCAACGGUAACGUUGCAACUCAAUUGAACCCAACGACACAAGACGGUAGUAGCGGUCUGGGUAAAGGGGUUCUCGGCUACGACACUACAACCAAGAAUGGUAUCCACAUUGUUCAUUCUCUCGAAGGUUUUCCAAUUCCAUUGAAUUCCACAAACUUUGUGGUUGGUAGCAGCAAAACUCCAGAUCAGAGAUGGUUUCCAACCGAUUCGAUACUUUCUGGAUUCUCCUAUUAUAAUGCAACCUUCGGACAUUCAUUCCUUUGUACAAAGGUUCAACAAUCGAGUUUAAUGCAAGUAAUGACCACAAUAAAGAGUUCCAAUCCUUCUAUCUACACAUUGAAUGCCGACAAACCUUAUGCAGCUGAAAUUAGUUUCCUUCUCGAUGGUCAACCAACAUCUUCAUCGACAAUCACCUCGAAUCUUUACUCUACAUUGGGUUAUCAAUUAAUUGGUGGAUUUGAUAUCUGGAACACAACUAAUCAACAAUACCUUAGUAUUCCUUUACAAUAUAAAUUAGCAGAAAAUUCAACUGGAGUUUCAGAGUUUAGAUUUAGUAAUGAGUUUAUUAAAAACAACAGUAUUCCAUUCAGUAUCUCUGCUUGGACAUCAUCUAUUGAUGCCUCUCAUAUCUCUUUUGACAAUGAAACUCAAUUCUGUGUUGGUUCAUUAGAUCAAUCCUAUUUAAAGAAAGGAAUUAAAGUAUGUGUGAAAUCAAAAACUUUGGUUGCUUUCCACAAACAAAUUAGUCAGAGAGUAUUCAAUACAACAUGCCAAUCAGCCAUCAAUGGCGAUUGUGUUACCACUGCCUUCCAGACACCACAAUACUUCCGAGGUUUGCUCAUGGCAUCACCAUUAAGUGGAAGUAACGUAAGUCCAGCUCUAAAAAAUGUUGUCGAUCUCCUGAGAAAUGAUUUAGUUUUUAGACAAACCAAGAUUUUAGUUAGAUCAGUCUCUGUCAAUAACAAUACAUUGGAAUGUGAUUUCAGUUGCCUCGAUUCCAUUGCCGAACAGUAUAACUUUACCACAGACUCCAAUGGUGUUUUCGAGUUUGACAAAAGUUCGAACCAGACCGUUCAAAUCUACCUUGAAGAUGCAUUGCGCAAUCUUACAAUCGUCAACACAAGUACAUCAACUCCACUCAGAUAUCAGUCGACUCUUGGUUUCAACUUAGAUGGCCAAAACUAUACCGAUGCCAACAAUAACACAAAAGAUCCCAGACCACUUUACUAUUUACUUUUCCAACAAUUGAUUGAAGCAACCAAUCAAGCAGCAUUACAACCACUUGUUAUUCCAAAGGUUAAAGUUGUAAUUCACCUUGAAAAUUCCACUGGAUACAUCAACGAUGAUCUGACAGCUCACUUUAACACGAGUUGUCUCGAUUCUAUCAUUCAAGUAUAUUCAUACCACCUCAUUAAAUCAUUGAAUCCAUUGUUCACAAUAAACUUAGAUCAAUUAAAGAAUUCCGGUAAAAACCAAGGAUGGUCAACUUCAACUCAAACAGAUGCAUUCAUUCAAUCACUCAUUAAUGUUUUUUCUACAUUAUUAAAACAAAGAGCAUUCCCAUCUCUUGCAACCAACACUGAAAUUUCAAUUAAUAAUUGCACUUUGAUUCAAGACAUUGAAAAGUUUAACAAUUUCGAUUCGAACGGAACGAGAUCAUUUGGAUGGAUAUCAGCUUAUCUUUGGGAUUUGAUUGAUAUCACCAAUGAUGACAACUAUCUUGAACUUUCAAAGAAAGGUAUUCUAAAUGUCGAUGGUAACAAUCAAAAUUCAAUCGAAUUGUUUGAUUUCAUCGGUGUUUUGAAAAGCUACACAACUACUUCCACUCCUAAUAUUUUGGAAUUCAACAACAACCUUAUUUCAUUCAUCGGAGCAACCUAUCCUGAUUCAUCAGAAGACAAAGUACAAUGGAUCAAUAGAAUCGGAAUCUAUAACAAUAUCUUUGAUUGUCAGACAUGUCGAGUCGAUCCAGCACCAACCAACAAUGAUCCUUCAUCACUCACCGAUUAUCUACUUUCCAAAGGAAUAUGUCCAUCGAGUUUUGACCAAGUUGGUUUCUCAAUCGAUAUCCUCGAGAAACUUUUAAGUAACUGGGCAACAACAACAACCAGCGGUGAUUGGUCAUCAAACCAAGGUUUAUCAUUCCUCUUCUCCACUUCAUUCCAAACAGCAUACCAAAACAACAUUCUUUUUAGAUCAUUGCUCCAAAAGAUGAAUAGUGACCUCUGUUCAUUUUCAUUACUUCCAUUUAUGACACCACUUGGCCUACAGAUGGCCAACGAACUUUUAAAUUCAUUACUAUCAAUUUCAACUGAGAGACAAACCUAUAAUCUCAUCGAUACCUAUUAUAUUCCAAAUAAUAUUGAUACCACGCAACCUGGAAUUGCAAUUGUAUCAUACAACAAUAAACUAUGUUCAAUGGUUUCCGUGACUUUGGAUCAAUUCAAUUUGGGUGAUGAUGUAUUAUCGAGUUGCAACAGUGGUCCAAUUGUUUUCAUUAUUGAUAAUCUCUCAGGUCCAACAUCAAGCAACACAUUAAUAACGAUUGUUGGAAGAAAUCUCGAUAAAACUGGAACUGUAAUUAAAGUUGGUGAUAAAACUUGUCAAAAUCCAACCAUUACAAAGUUAGCAAACAACAAUCAACAAAUGACAUGUUCCAUUGGACCAGGAUAUGGAAUACAUUCAAUCACAUACUUUGGAAGUCAGAGUUCAUUGGUUCAAGAGAUGAACUACCUUGUUAAAACCUAUACAUUUACCUACAAUACACCAGUUGUCACAUCGAUUUCAACCAAUGAAGAUUUCAUUAAUACUAUUGGAACAUCAGUGACUGUCAAUGGUCAGAAUUUCCAUACUACAGAAACAUCAAGCCAACAAACACCUUCUUAUGUCCAACUAUUGAUAAACAACAAAAAGACAGCUGCAACAUUGAUUCCAAGUACCAACGGAAUGAAUGACAAACUUGUAUUCACAACCGAUGGAACAGGUGUUGAUAAAACAGUUAUUGUUCAAGUUGGUGAGCAGCUUUCAAAUCAUGAUAUCACAAUCAGUUAUAAAGCACCAACAAUCACUUCAAUAUCAAUAAAAGAUCCAGUACCAACACUUGGUGGUGGAGCACUUGAAGUUGUAGGAACAUCAUUCGGUUCAGAUUCAGAUCAAUUCGAUAUCAAUAUUGGUGAUGGAUCAUGUGAAGAUAUCGUGUUAAUCAGUGAUACCAAAGCAAGUUGUACAAUUCCAAGUGGAAGUGGAAGGUUACUUGUCACAGUUCAGGUCGAUAGUCAACAAACAGAGUUGUCACAAGAUUUUGCAAUCAUUUACAAAGGACCAAAUAUCCUUCAACUUGUUCAUCCAGAAUUCAAUACCUCUAUAUAUAACGAUUUCUGGAUUGCCGGUACCGAUUUUGGAUCUGAAGAAGACAUUCCAAUGAUUUCACUCUAUGGAUUUGCAGCAGCGGAAUGUGAAUACGAUUUCGAGAACUGUUACAAGUCCAAAGAAUACUUUGACUCCAAUGGUAAUUCAAUAGAUCCACCAACACAACAAUAUAUCGAUGGUGCUGAAUAUGACCCGUAUAUCGAUUUAAGUGAUUCAUUCAGAACAACAGUUGAUUUCUAUUGUAUCAAGUGUUUGCUUCCACCUGGAUUUGGUGACAAUAUUUCUGUUGCCGUUGUGAACGAUCUCACAUAUGGUUGGACAUUCCUCGACCAUACACUGACAUUCCCAAAUUCCAAGAUUUACUCAAUCGAACCACUCAAUAGCAGCACCGAUGGAAACACUACAAUUUCGAUCACUGGUACAAACUUUGUUCCCAACGAAUAUAUUGUAUAUUCAUAUGACAAUGAUACCGAUACCUAUGUAGACGAUGCACUUUUGGAAGGACCAAUCACAUUCUCGAAUAUCACACUCGACAAGACACUAACUACAAACAACAAUUUCACAAAUUCGACAUUCAUCACAACAGUAAUUCCAGCCGGAAUUGGAAAGAAUCUCAACAUUUCAAUAUCACUUGGAAAUGUUGUUGAUAUCGACACAUUCAACAAAAGAUCAUUCACUUUUUCAUACAAUCCCCCCAAUGUAACAAAGAAAAUUGUAAAUCAACCAACAAAAGGUGGAUUAUUUUCAAUUGAAGGUUUAGAUUUUGUUCCAGAGAUUCUUGCCAAAUCACAACAAACAUUCCCAAAUAGUAAUGUUACAAUCGAUGGUAAACUAUGUACCUCUUUGCUUUGGAUCAAUUCGACAUUGAUAAACUGCACUGUUGUCGAAGGUAUCGGUGCAAAUUUGACACUUGAAGUAUUUGUUGGAAAUCAAAGUAGUAUUUCAGAUGGAAAGAGUUCAAUUAAAUUAUUCUCGUAUAUUGCACCAAACGUUACAUCUGAAGAAUUAAGUGGUACAUCAAAAGGAAAUGUUGAAAUUACAAUCAAAGGAUCAAACUUUGUUCCAGCAAGUGUUGUGACAUCAGCGACAAACGACAAGACAAACAAUUAUAUUUCGAUCGAUGGCAACCAAUGUUUAUCGAUAAAAUGGGAGAACGAUCAAACAUCAUAUUGCACAAUUCCACCUGGAAUUGGAACUGAUUUAAAUGUUCUGGUUGUUGUUGGAAAUCAAAAAUCACCAAACAAUACAGUAUUCUCUUAUGAUAGACCAAUUUUAGAAAAAGAUUUAUAUUACUCAGGACCAAAUGAAGGUCAAUAUGAAAUUACAAUUAAAGGAUCAAACUUUGUACCAUCUGAAAUUGCAGAUAAAGUUACAAAAUCAGAGAACAAUACAAUUAAGAUCAACGAUGUUGAAUGUCCAUCAAUAAGAUGGUCAACUUCAUCGAUUUGUUAUUGUACAAUUCCUCAAGGUUCUGGACAUAAUCUCACAGUCAAUGUUACAGUUGGAGGUCAAUGGACAUCAACAAACGAUUAUUUCUCAUAUUAUGACAUUCCUGAAAUUUCAUCGAUUCAACCACUCAGUGAUGUCGAUGGAACUGAACCAAUUACAAUCACAGGUAAAUUCUUCUAUGGUAAAGAUCUAAAGGUUCUCUUUGAAGAAAAAGCACUUGAUUCAUCCAAGAUUCUGUCGAUUUCUGAAACCAAGAUUAUAUUCACUUGUCCAAGUGGAGGUGGAACCAAAUUUAAAGUCCAAGUCAAAGCACAUUCUCAAGAAAGUGAAACAUUUACAUACGAUGGAUAUAAAGCACCUUCGAAUUUACAAGUUAGACCAUCAAGUGGAAAAACAGAUGAGAGUCAACCAAUUGAUAUUUCAGGAAAUAAUCUUGGUUUGUUAGGAGAAAAAGUUAAAGUUACCAUUGAUGGAAAGAAUUGUAUCAAUCCAGUUGUCUCUUCUUCUUCGUUAGUUACAUGCUAUACUCCAUUUGGAAGUGAAGGAACAAAGACAUUAACUCUUACCUUCAAAGGACAAUCUGGUGACUCUCAGUACACUUAUGAAGAGGAAGAAGAAAGUAGUGAUCAUCAGAGUGAUGAUGAUGAAACCGACGGUGAUGAUGAUCCUUCAGACACUACCGACAGUGGAGAAUCGUGGUGGGAUAAACUUAAGAAUGUAUGGAAGGCUGUUGUUACAGUUGUGGUCACUGUUGUCGUUGCUGUGGCAGUAGCUAUCGAGAUGUUAGCUACGGAAGCGGUUGCAGCAACAUUUGCACUUGCAGAAAUUACGAUUCAAACAGCAGAAGGAUUGACAUUUGUUAUUGAGAAUGUUGCUGCUGAAGUUACAACAUUCGUAAUUGAAGAACUUGCUCAACCUUUAUCAGCUGAACUUCUUGGUGUUUUAGAAACAACUGAAGUUUUAGUGACAGAGAAUGCAUUUUUCGCCAAUAUUAAAUUACUUGUCACUCUUUUAUUCGUUGGUGGAGGAACCGCUACAGGUGUUGCUGCUGGAUUUACUGGAAAAUAUGUUGGAAUUGGAAAAACCACAACCGAUACAACUUAUCCAUACAUGACUGGUUUACUUGUUGAUCCAUCGAUUCAACAGAAAUUCUCAGACUUUAAAUCCAUUUUGAUUCAAUUGAAUAUCACUCAAAACGAUGGAACUAUAAAGACUAGAUAUUACACUCCAGAGGUUGGAGGUGUUAAUAUGCCAGUUGAAGGAGAUACUAUUCUCACGAUUAUAACGAAAUCAUCUCAAUUUAGACCAAUGAUCAACAAUAUCAAAUAUAAAUUCUCUGAUUAUCCACCGUAUACAAAGAAUAUAGCUGAAUCGAUUGGAUUGUUAAGAUCCGAUUAUAUUAGCGAUGAACGUGCAAUAUUCUAUGACAAUAAUGGUGCAAGAUUAACUCUACCAAUUGGUGUCUAUCAAUCAGAUUUCCUUUCCAAUAUUGGUUGGAUCAAUUCACGAAUCAGUUCAAUCACAACCAUUUGGAAUCUAACAAUAAGUGUCUGGACAUCCAAUUCAGUGACACAAUAUUAUGGACCUAUCACAUAUGGUACUCCAAUGACAUUACCAUCCAAUAUAAUCAAACUUGAAAUAUUCUUGAAUUCAACUGUUACCAAUGUUAAGAAAUUGGAAAUUGAAUCACCAACAAUUGGUACUCAAAUUACAAUCAAUAAUGCAUACCCAACAAUGAAAUCACUCAAUAUCUUCUUGGAUGACCAACUUGUAAACUGUGUAAUAAAUGCAAAGAUAUUGAAAUGUCCGAUUUCAGCAGGAAUUCAAAACAAAACACUCUCACUUCGUUGGAACAACUAUGAUGUUUAUCAAAAGUAUAAUAUAUUCUAUACUGCACCAGUAAUCACUUCACAUAUUGAGAAUUUAGAUAUUCAACAAAAUGGUCUUCCAAAUAUUGGAUCUUUGAUUUUCCACUUGAAAGGUACCAACUUUAUUCCAAAAAAUGUCAAUCCAUUGAAUUCUAAGGUUUUGAUCUCUGGUGAACCAUGUCAAUUUACCAAAUGGGUUGAUGAAAACAAUAUCAUUUGUCUAUCAUCAAUCAAUCCAUCUGCAACUCUCAAUAGUUUUAUUGAAUUAACAAUUGGUUCAACAACAAGCAAACCAUACGCAUUUAACUAUAUUUCACCAAUUUGUGUUGGAGAUACAAUCAAUGGAGAAACCACUCUUGCAUCUGGUACUCAUCUCGCACUUAGUCAACCAUUUACAUCAAUUUUUUCACCAUCGAAUUGUUAUUCAGAAAUUAACUAUGUAAAUUCUUCAUUGAUUGUAACACAAGUCUCAUGGUUUGGAAAUCUUACAACAACACCAGAGAGUCUCACAACCAUUGAUAAUAUUACUAUUUCAUCACCAAGUUGUAAAUGGAAUUUAACAUUUGUUGAUUCACAAUCACAAACACUUAAACUUGGAAAAGGUCAUUACGAUGAAGCGUAUCUUCAAUCGAUUGGAUGGUCAAAUAGAAUUGUUUCAUUCGAUGUGACUGUUGGUUGCAGAGUCACUGUGAGCAAGACAGCACCAACAAACUCUGCAUUCUCGAUUUCAACACAUUCCAACAUCACUCAAGAAACAAUGCCAACACAACUCUUGUCUCAAAUUACAACGAUUGAGAUCUCUGAUUGGAAUUUGGACAAUGUUGAUUUUGGUGUAACCACAUAUACCAACCAAUGGAUUAACUUUUAUGGUAUCGAUCAAUCAAAACUUUAA